AUGGGCGCCACUGUGCUGGGCAUGGACUGCGGCAAUGUCAUCGUGCGAACCGAUCAAGGCAUCUGCCUGGCUGUGCAUCCCUGGACGUCGGAAGACCGUGUCUCGCAUUUCCCUCUCCGACUUGGGUACGCCAGAACGUUGCACAAAGUUCAAGGCGCCACCCUCCCGCACGUCACGGUGUGGCUGGACGUCCCCAACAUGCCAGCGGCUGCGUAUGUCGCCCUGAGCCGGGUUGAAUAUGAUGCCAAUUGGCGGUUCAUGGGAGAUCCUGGCGUUCGCCAUUUCACGCCUCCGUCCAUCUUCAUCUCCCACAUGGCUGUCGCUGACCGUGACCUUCCUACCCGUGCUCUAGUUGUGGAGCCUGUGUGGAUCGAGGAGAUCCUGGCAGGUCGCAAGACUUGGGAACUGCGAGGCCAGAACUGUCACCUGCGUGGAGCCGUGGCCCUUGCCGCAAGAGGCAAGCUCUUGGGUGAGGUUACUUUCGAGCAGGCCAUGAUGGUCGGCGAACGUGAUGCAGGCGGGACCCUGCUGGCCCCGCAGGGCCGGGAGCGCGAUUUCCUGGCGCUGCCUGAGAACGUCGCCCAGCACCGGGUGGAGAACUUUACUGCUCUGCCCUACAGCCGU